GCCCAGUGCGGGCUCAGUGGCCCCGGCCCUGGGAGCUCCCCGGCGGAGCGGGCUCCGGGCGCGGAGGAGCCGAGACACCGGGCCGAGCCGCGGCGGCCGGGGUGCGGGGCCCUUCAUGAUGAGAGAUUUGGGGGCAUUUCUCUCUCCUCUGUGUAGUCGAUAGUUUGGGUGGUGAAGAGAUGGCCGACAGUGUCAAAACCUUUCUCCAGGACCUUGCCAGGGGUAUCAAAGACUCCAUCUGGGGUAUCUGUACCAUCUCAAAGCUAGAUGCUCGAAUCCAGCAAAAGAGAGAAGAGCAGCGUCGAAGAAGGGCAAGCAGUGUCCUGGCACAGAGGAGAGCCCAGAGUAUAGAACGGAAGCAGGAGAGUGAGCCACGUAUUGUUAGUAGAAUUUUCCAGUGUUGUGCUUGGAAUGGCGGAGUGUUCUGGUUCAGUCUCCUCUUGUUUUAUCGAGUGUUUAUUCCUGUGCUUCAGUCAGUAACAGCCCGCAUCAUUGGUGACCCAUCACUACAUGGAGAUGUUUGGUCAUGGCUGGAAUUCUUCCUCACAUCCAUUUUCAGUGCUCUUUGGGUGCUCCCCCUGUUUGUGCUCAGCAAAGUUGUGAAUGCCAUCUGGUUUCAGGAUAUAGCUGACCUGGCAUUUGAGGUGUCAGGGAGGAAGCCUCACCCCUUCCCUAGUGUGAGCAAAAUCAUUGCUGACAUGCUCUUCAACCUUUUGCUGCAGGCUCUCUUCCUCAUCCAGGGGAUGUUUGUGAGUCUCUUUCCCAUCCAUCUUGUCGGUCAGCUGGUUAGUCUCCUGCAUAUGUCCCUUCUCUACUCCCUGUACUGCUUUGAAUAUCGUUGGUUCAAUAAAGGAAUUGAAAUGCACCAGCGGUUGUCAAAUAUUGAAAGGAACUGGCCUUACUACUUUGGAUUUGGUUUACCCUUGGCUUUUCUCACAGCAAUGCAGUCCUCGUACAUUAUCAGUGGAUGCCUCUUUUCCAUCCUAUUUCCUUUAUUCAUUAUCAGCGCUAAUGAAGCAAAGACCCCUGGAAAAGCAUAUCUUUUCCAGUUGCGCCUGUUCUCCUUGGUGGUCUUCUUAAGCAACAGACUCUUCCACAAGACAGUCUACCUGCAGUCUGCCUUGAGCAGCUCAGCCUCUGCGGAGAAGUUCCCUUCACCACAUGCGUCUCCUGCCAAACUGAAGGCUACUGCAGGCCACUGAGUCACCUGCCACCAAAGGGGGUGGGUGGGGUUGGGAGGAGGCUGAGGCAGCUCUUUGUCUGACCACCUCCCCAACGGGGGAAGGCAGGACCCACUCUGCCAGGGGCCCUCUGCGUAUGCCCUUCUCUCUGAGGAAUUGGAGUUUUUGCCUCUGGUGCACGUAAAGCAGAAUCUUCUUGACACCAGUGUGGGUUUUUAACACCUCCGUGAGUCUGAGAGGACCACAGGUUUUUCUGCAGCUAUUUUCUAGCAUUUACCAGCCCCUGUGCCUGGACUGAUUGGAAUACUUUGUUUUCUCCCUGUGCCAUUGGCCCUCCCACCUCUCCUUCCUGCCUUGUACCACCCUUGGAUGAAUGGGUUUUGUAAUUCUAGCUGUUGUGUUUUGUGGAUGUGUUAUUUUUGUUGUUUUUCUGUGAAGCACAUACAUUGGAUGUGGGAGGUAAUGGGGUUGCUCCUGGUCACUCCCUUUAUAGCCAUCACUGUCUUGUUUCUUGUAACUCAGGUUAGGUUUUGGUCUCUCUUGCUCCACUGCAAAAAAAACAAACAAAUAAUGAGCCUGAAGAGAAUGGGGACAGGAGGAGGAAAGACCUUACAGCCAGAUCUGUUGGGUUUUGAGGAGUGGUUUUUUUCUUCCCCUUGAAGGGGACAAAGCUUUUUUCGCUGGUACAUUUAAAGCUCCCCAGCUUUGGGGAGGUACCGGUUCUGGACAAGUGCCACUACAACACAGGAUGCUUAGAGAACCUGAACUUUUCAACUCUGGAGGGUGGAAAUUUACUGUUAGCCACUGCCAGGUCUGCUGUUUCAGAGGAGUAUUGGGUGCUGCAAAUAGGAACUGAAGGGGUAAACUUAUUAAACCCAUAAAACCUGUGAUUGGUUGGUGUUUUCAUGUCAUUUUAAGAGAAAUAUGUAUGUGUGGGGAUGGGGCAGAUGUCAAAACACUUGUACAAUUGAAAAAAUCACAAUUAAAUGUGAGCUGGUUUCCCACAAA